AUGCUCCCGCUAUCCCUGCUCAAUGCCGCCCAGAACAAGCCCAUGAUGGUGGAGCUCAAGAACGGCGAGACAUUCAACGGACACCUGGUCAACUGCGACAACUUCAUGAACAUCACUCUCCGCGAGGUAUAUCAGACGAGCAGCGACGGGGAGCAUUUCUGGAAACUGAAGGAGUGCUACAUCCGGGGAAGCACUAUAAAAUAUCUACGCGUGCCAGAUGCGCUCUUGGACGCAGUCAAGGAUGAGCAAAACAGAGCAAGAGAUGCGGGAAGGGGCGGGCGUGGUGGAUUCGUUGGUGGAAACCGCGGUCGCGGAGCACCAGGUUAUAGAGGAGGUCGUGGCGGCCGUGGCGGUCCCAUGCGUGGUGGCAGAGGACGUGGCCGGGGUGGCUAG